UGCAGUUCACUAAGUUGUAUGAUUUUUGUUCUGUAGUAUUUUUUUUUAAAUUAAACAUCAAGGAUCACAAAUCCUCGAUUUAGGUCGGAUAGACACCCCAUAAACGUAGCUAAGAAAUGUAUAUGUCCACUCGUUGUCUAUCCUAAGCUAAAACUCCGACGGCUUAACCAUGAAACAAACUUAACAUGUUCAUAAUAAUUCAAUGUUUCCAAAUACGAGUAUUACUUCAAUACAGUGGAAAACCCAUAGUAGUCAUAGCGUAGGCUUAACCAUUAAUUCAGGUUUAACAAAAGAAGUCACCCGUAAAAAGCUCAUAUUACAAGUAUAAACCUAGCUUUAAAUUCACGACCGGCAUAUAUGUGUAAAUCAACAGCUCAAUAAUAUUAAAACGUAGGUAACCUUAUUCAAUACAAUGAAUUUCGAAGGAUUUAUAGACAUAAGGUCUAGAACAUUUCAGUUAGAUCGAAUUGGCAUAAAAUUAUCGUUAGAAAACGUCAUCUUUGGCGACAUUGACUAUAUUGGAAUAAUAAAAUCAUUGAAAAAGCUGAAUGAAGUGGGAUCAAACACCAUAAUGGAGUUGGUAAAUUUAGCCAAGGAAACAAAUUUGUCGAAUAGCGACAAAUUAAUACGGUUUUUAAAUUGUAUUACAAGAAAUGUAUCUAUGAACAGUAUCUAUAACGUAUUUUGUAAGAAUGGACAAGCAAGCCUCUUUGAUCUCAUAACUUUGAAAAAAUACAAGAGUCAACUUCCAUGCGUUCAAAAGAAAGAGGUCCCACGAAGUCGCUUUGCGCACAGAGAGUACACCUUUUUCAAGGCAAUUAUAGAUAACAACUGCUUUAAUGGCGAUCCUCGUGUUCAUCUGAAGAAACUGGACGAUAUGAACAUUAGCUCACUCAACGACACAGAACCAAUAGAAGCAAAACAGAAACUUUUGGAAAAGAAUGUGGUUCUGAAAACACAUCGCGUACAGCUUUAUGGCGGAGCAGAGUCAGGAGAGCGGUAUAAAAUUCUUAAAGAAAUGAACGAGAUUCGGACAGAUGGUCUGGAUCGGACGUCACUAGAACUAACUUACUUUUCAAAGAUGGCGGUGACUGCUAUAAAGAACAGAAAAGUCGACGAAACCCAGCGGUAUAUAGACCAAGUUCUCGCACUGUGUUAUUCAUGUCUGCCGUGUUUUGCGACGGUUAUGGCGCUGAAUGACGUCAUUUAUGCGAAUCAGGAAAUGUAUUUCCUGGAGUGCGCACGGAACCCACACUCCCUGAUCCGAGCUACCGACCACAGUCUACUGGCUUGUCACAUAAUGUGUGCAGAGACUGAUAUUGUCCAUAACCAGUGGAAACGUAUAGUGUUACUGUUUAAAGUAAUGACGCUCUUAGACAUAACGCACGAGUUCAAAGUCGGUGAUAUAGCUGACUUGGAAGAAAACAGAAUAAAAGAAGCUAAAGUGGUUAUUAAAGAAGUUGUCAAGAUUUGUACAGAUAUUGAAGUACGUCGAAAAAUGGUUUUAUUGUUGUGUCAAGGACGAUUGGAAGAAAAGAAUGAUCCACAAAUCGCAUUUUCAUGCGUCGAAGAAGCAUUUAGACUCGCACCGGACGGAUGUAUAAGACCUGUUGAGAUGGAAAACAUUGAUAUGUACUUGAACUGUUUAAAAGCAAAAUGUAUGCCUUUGCCUAAUGUUUAAGACCCAUUGAGAUGGAAACAUUGAUAUGUACUUGAACUGUUUAAAAGCUAAAUGUAUGCCUUUGCCUUAUGUAUAAGGCCUAUUGAGAUGUAAAACAUUGAUAUGUACUUGAACAGUUUAAAAGCUAAAUGUAUGCCUUUGCCUUAUGUAUAAGGCCUAUUGAGAUGUAAAACAUUGAUAUGUACUUGAACUGUUUAAAAGCUAAAUGUAUGCCUUUGCCUUAUGUAUAAGGCCUAUUGAGAUGUAAAACAUUGAUAUGUACUUGAACUGUUUAAAAGCAAAAUGUAUACCUUUGCCUAAUGUAUAAGACCUAUUGGGAUGGAAAACAUUGAUAUGUACUUGAACUGUUUAAAAGCAAAGUGUAUGAGUUUACCUAGUGUAUAAGACCUGGUGAAAAAGAAAACAUUGAUAUGUACUUAAACUGUUUAAAAGCAUAAUGUAUACCUAUGCCUAAUAUAUAAGGCACCUUGAUAUGGAAAACUUUGAUAUGUAUUUGAACUGUUUAAAAGCAAAAUGUAUGCCUUUGUCUAAUGUAUAAGACCUGUUGAGAUGGAAAACAUUGAUAUGUGCUUGAACUGUUAAAAAUUAAAAUGUAUAACUUUA